AUGUUUCAGUUACUUGAGCAGUCAACAGUGCUUGAGGCUCCUGGAUUGUGUUACAAAAACAUCCCAGCAAUUGUUACGACUGCAGUUAGCCAAAUAGCUGUUUCUAAGGGACGGCAAGGAAGAGAAGCGCAGAAUAUUGUCAAGGUCUAUCUUGCAAACAUACGUCUCAAGGAAGUAGGAACAGAUGUUCUUAUCACUGCAUAUGAACCUAUCUUGAUAAAUCCUUUGAGCGAAAGCACUAGUGCAGUUGGUGCAGGAUUACCUACUCCUGCUGCACAAUCUGGAUUCAUGCCGACGGUCCAAGUCUUUAAGCUAGUCGUUACAAACUUCAAAGUAAGUGACUGGGGCCUUUUCGGCCCUACGGUUUGAGAUGUGCUAAAGGCCACUCAACGGCAAGUAAAUAGGUCCCUUUUCUUU